GCACGAGUUGGUCGGGCUGGUGCAUGCCAUUCUUUACAAGCCAAUAACGCAAAAAGAAACUUCCAUUUCAUUCCCCUUAUUAUUCCCAAUCGAGAGAAAGGCCGACCACCCAGCCACUCAUCCACGCCCUGAUCCCUUCAUUCUAACUCUUUCUAACGGCUGGCCGAGGCGGCGAUUAAUUAGUUCUCGCCACGGCCUGCCUAUCAACUACAACUCCACUAUUUUUAUUGGAAAUUCUGUUAUUGUUGUGAUAGUUGCCAAUAUGGGGGAGGUCAUUAAUAAGAACCCUGAGAAACACGUGUCAUCGUCGCCAUCUUCUAGUGAAUCGGAGCGCGACGAGUUGCAACUGUUGGAGCGCGCACCACCUUUUUGGAGGAACCGAAAGAGGUUAUCCAAGCAACUUUCUAUGUGCGAGACUCCACGUGAUAUUGCAUGGGAGAAACGGCGUCGUCAAUUUCUCCUCCAGGAAAGGAGGAAACAAGGGAUUCACGACCCCGACGACUUGACCGACGAGGACCUCAAUGAACUCAAAGGCUGCAUCGAACUAGGAUUUGGGUUCAACGAAGAGGAAGGUCAGAGGCUAUGUAGCACGUUGCCGGCGCUCGAUCUUUAUUUCGCGGUGAACCGCCAAUAUUCCACAAGCCCAAUCUCGAGCCCCGGUAGCAAAGGUUCAUUACCCUCUCCCGCUGGAUCCAGCUCGUCGUCGACAUCUCUUGGAGGUAGGUCCUCCUCAUUUGGAAGCCCUAGGAGUGACUCUGCCGAUGCAUGGCGAAUUUUUAGCCCGGGAGAUGAUCCUCAACAAGUUAAGACAAAGUUGAGGCAUUGGGCACAGGCAGUGGCAUGUUCUGUAAUGCAGUCCCAUUGAAAGGGUGGAGAUGGAUUGUACAGAAAAUAAAAGUUAGUCAAAACCUAGUCUUAUUUCAAGAAAGGAAGAUUUUUUUUUUCUUAAUAUGCAAGCAUUAUAAAUGGAACAGAGCCUUUCCAGAUUGUUAAUCGUAAGGUAAGGAGUGGAGUAGUUUCAAAAUUGGUUUGGACAGAGAUACCUUGUAAUUCAUUCAACUGUAAAGGAUACAUUCAAAAUGCUCAAAGUUAUCUACUUAGCUUUCUGGCUUUUUGAUUCCCACAGAAACCUGAUUUUUUUUCUUCUUC